GGGGUAAAGAACACAGCUCCCCCAGUUGUAGCUGGUUGAUUUGAUCCACGUGGUUCUCCGAAGCAAUAUUGCACCAAGUCGUUGACCGCCGCACGCGACGCGCCGACGAUUCGACUGCCAUGGGAAAGGUCACCGAGUGCAACUCCGGCCACAAGCUCAAGGAGAGUGGCAAGCCAGAGCAGGCACGUGCGACGGAUGCCACAAGUUCGUCCGAGACGGGGAGGUGGUCAUGGAUUGCCGGACGUCACGGUGGCGGAUUACGUGUGCGACGACUGCUACAACGGCCGAAGCACGCUCUGGGGGGUGCUGGCGAACCUGGUGCCCUCCUGCACACCGACCCCCGCGGGGCCGCGCCAGCGUCGGAGGUGGUGACCGCGGACUGCGAGCCCGAGGCGAGCGCCGCCGCGGAGGACCCGAGGUGCAACCGCCGGAGGCAGGGGCAGGCGCAGGGCACCCAGCGGGCCGAGGCGCCGCGGGCGCCCCCCGGAGGCCGCCGCCGCGGGGCGGGGCCCGAGGCGCCCGCGCCCGAGCAGGAGCCCGUCGACCUCCUGGGGGGCGACCCCGCGGCUCCCCUCGCAGGCGCCGGGCAGCCCUGGGGGACCAUGGACUACCUGGACUCGCAGCCGACCACGGCGCUGGAGUGUGCCGCCCCGCCGGACCUGGACCUGCUCGGCUCAAAGGGCUGGGCAGGGCCGCAGGGUGCCGUCGCGGCGGCCCGCAUGGGCUCCGCUUAGGCACGGGCUGCUUGCAAGCCGUCUCCCCCGUGCAGCUGGCCACGGUCUUUGCGCCUUGGUUCAACUACGCGUCAGAGUGACCCUUCGCCGGAGUGACCUUUGGUGCGGGCCCACUGGGGCCCCCCGAUCGCCGAGCGCGAGGCGGCACUGGCGUCCUGCGCGCUAGUGUUUGCCGCCCGCCCCCCCCGGCGGCCCCCAAGAAGCCGCGCACCAAGGGCCACUCUUACCCAGGGCCACUUGCGUGUAGCCGAUUGGUGCCGAGUUGGCCCCCCCCUGGCCUCCGGGUCAGCCUGGCCACAGCUGCCCUCUGACGGCACCACGGCGCGAGCUGCCACACUGGGAGGGGGGUAGGGCGGGAAAAAUUACACCCGGACCCCGAUAAUUGGCGUCUGCGAAGCGGCCCUGGGCGUUUACUGAACAGCCCUGCCCUGUUCGAGUCCGUCCUCGGGUGCGUUUGCGACAUGGCUUCGCUUGUCGGAGUGCUUCUUCUGGGGCUGCGCCUCUUUGGUUGCUCCCCAGCCUCGCUCGACAGCAGGCCAUCGCAGCAGCCCCUCGAUGGCCACGGCGCGAAGCAGACGGCGGCGACGGGGGGCAGCGAGC